AGAGUAUGUUCGUUGCUAUUGUUAAACUUCAUCGAUAGGUUUAGGCUAUACCGGAAUAUACGACGUUCUAUUACUAGUUUUUACUUUAUUCUAGCGAAUCUUCCGUUUCUAGAGCGCAACCGGCGUACUAACGUUAUUCCAAUUACACUUAGUCCUUAUAGAAGCAAUUUGUAA